AUGCUAAUCACGACGGCGAAGUCAUUUUUCUUCCUUGUUGUGGCCGUGCAACUUAACAAUGUGACUCCCGUGAUUCACACGCUGAAAUAUUUCCGCACGGCGUCGACAAGCAUCGCGGGCUUCCCGGAGUACAUCGAAGUGGGUUACGUGGACGGGGUUGAGUUCAUCCACUAUGACAGCCACAGCAAGAAAGCUCAAGCCAAGCAGCCCUGGAUGGAGAAAGUCACAGCAGACAAUCCUGGGUACUGGGAGACGGAGACGCUGAGAAAUACUGUCAAUGAGCACGUCUUCCAAGUCAACAUUGGAAUUGCCAAAAAGCGCUUCAACCAUACGACAGGUGUUCACAUACUCCAGUGGAUGUUUGGAUGUGAAUGGAAUGAUGAAAACAAUGAAGUGGAUGGCUGGAAUCAGCACAGUUAUGACGGAGAAGACUUCAUCUCACUGGAUACCAAGACCAUGACAUACGUCGCGGCAAAACAACAAGCUUUUAUCACCAAACUUAAGUGGGACCGCGACGAUGCCCGAAAAAAACACCGGAAGCAUUACUACACGGAGAUUUGUCCUUCCGAGUUGAAGAAGCUGGUGAACUACGGGAGGAACGACCUAUUGAGAAAACAGCUUCCAAAGGUGUCGCUCCUCCAGAAGACUCCGUCAUCUCCGGUCACCUGCCACGCGACGGGUUUCUACCCGGACACAGCUGACCUUUUCUGGCGGAAAGACGGCGAGCAGCUCCACGAGGACGUGGAGCUCGGCCAGACCCUCCCAAAUCAUGACGGAACCUUCCAGAUGACGGUGGACCUGAAGGUGCAGGUGACCCCAGAGGUGGACGGCCAGUACGAAUGUGUCUUUCAGCUGUCCGGUGUCAAGGAUGAAAUGGUCACCAAGCUGGAGAGAAGAAACAUCCUGAGCAACAUACGCAUUGAAGAAGAAGCAAAGAAGAAGAAGCACAUCGGCAUCGCUUCCUUGUUAGUGGUCGUCGCUCUGGUGGUCCUCAUUCUGACCGUCGUCUUCGUUGUCAAGCGGCGCAAAUGCAAACUUGAUGAUUACACUCCAGCAGAUAAAGGCGGUGAAGUCCAGCUCUCCGAGGCGAGUGACGAAACCUGA